AUGCUGGCACAGAGGCGUCUUCCCACCAGAGACAGACAGGACUAUCUAGAGGACCAGCAGUGCACUUUUUGUGGACAGGUUCUAGAGACACAGGAGCAUCUAUUCUUCGGGUGCCCCCCUAUCGCAGAGUUAUGGAGGAGGAUCAGAGACUGGCUUCACAUGCGACCGGAGAUGUCCACCUACCGGCGGACGCUGAGAGUCUUCGGAAGACAUUACCGUGGGAGUAGGAUGCUGACAAAGGCUCAUCAUCUUGCCUUGUCAUCUAUGAUACAUUAUGUAUGGAGGGCUAGAAAUAGUAGUUUCUUUGAGGAGAGGCAGUUAGACAUUGAGAGGAUUCUCAGGAGUGUGCAAAUUCAUGUAUACCGGUCCUUGGGUCUUUACUCUGAUCUGAGACUUUGUCAGACAUGA